AUGACUACUAUGGAUCUGCGAGUUGGCAACAAAUACCGCAUCGGCCGUAAGAUUGGCAGCGGUAGUUUUGGUGACAUUUAUCUCGGCACCAAUAUCAUCUCUGGAGAAGAAAUCGCUAUCAAACUCGAGAGUGUCAAGGCCAAACAUCCACAGCUUGAGUAUGAGGCCCGCGUCUACAAAUCUCUUGCCGGUGGCGUCGGAAUUCCAUUUGUUCGCUGGUUCGGAACUGAAUGUGACUACAAUGCCAUGGUUAUCGACCUUCUCGGCCCCAGCCUGGAGGAUCUGUUCAACUUCUGCAACCGCAAGUUCUCACUGAAAACGGUGCUCCUCCUGGCUGAUCAACUCAUUUCUCGCAUUGAAUAUAUACAUGCCAAAUCCUUUAUUCAUCGCGAUAUCAAACCGGACAACUUCCUCAUGGGCAUUGGGAAACGCGGGAACCAGGUCAAUGUCAUUGAUUUCGGCCUUGCUAAAAAAUAUCGUGAUCCCAAAACUCAUUUCCAUAUUCCAUAUCGCGAAAACAAAAACCUGACUGGUACUGCCCGUUAUGCCAGUAUCAACACUCAUCUGGGAGUUGAACAAUCUCGUCGUGAUGAUAUGGAAUCUCUUGGUUACGUCAUGCUCUAUUUUUGCCGUGGAUCUCUUCCCUGGCAAGGACUCAAGGCCGCAACUAAGAAGCAGAAAUACGAUCGCAUCAUGGAAAAGAAGAUGACCACUCCAACUGAGGUUCUCUGCCGUGGCUUCCCCAAUGAAUUUUCCGUCUAUCUGAACUACACCCGGUCUCUCCGAUUUGAUGAUAAGCCGGACUACUCUUACCUGCGAAAGAUUUUCCGCGACUUGUUUGUUCGCGAGUCCUUUCAAUACGACUAUGUCUUUGAUUGGACAGUUUACAAGUAUCAGAAGAACGCUCAGGCCAUUGCUCAGGCUUCUGGAAAUCAGGGCGCAGAUGAAGAGGAAAAGCCUCGCCGCCAAGUCAAUGCUGUUCAAAAUGCACAGGGACAGCCUAAACCAUCCCCUCUUGCUGCUCCCCGUCGCAAACUGGCUGAGCGUGUUCCAAGCGGGACUGUCGAUACCCCCGAUACUAAUCGCGCUGUUGGGGGGAGUGAUCGGAUGCUUCGUUCUGCUUCUAAAGGUGCUAAUGCAAAUACUGGCUACUCUGGCGUUGCAUAUCAUCGUUCGAAGCGGGAUGAUGGUACUGGUGCUAAUUGGUACUGA